AUGGAAGUUCAAAACAAAGAUAUCGAUAACGACUUGAUUUUGUAUGAAUUACUGGAGUAUUUCGUCAAAAAGCAAGACCCAGAAUUAGUCCGUUUUAAGAAUGACAUCGACAUCCUUCCCACUACAGGAACCAUUAAAAAUGCACUACGUUAUCUCAAUAAUAGAUACUCACUCCCAGAGAGUAUAUCACAACAAAUAAGUUUAACUUUGCCAUGGAAAUUUGCCAGCGGUGACAACGGACGACUCCUAGCUAUUUUACAUGAUAAUAUUUUAGAGAUAAGACGUUCCAAAGAUGAAUUCUCAUCAGUUAUGGGCAAAGCAACAGUACUUGGUUCAAGCAACGGUCAGCUGUCAUUUUACAAUUCAUUAGGCAGCAAUAUUUUCAACGUUAAUUCCAAAUCAGAAGCACAAAAUCCGGAAGUAUUGGAAGCUGGCGACGCAAUAUCGUCGAUGAUUUUCAACAAACCUCGAGUAUCCACAGAGCAAUGGUCUUACGAAUUCCAGACAGUUACUUAUAGUGGCCUUCUUAAGUCUUACAAUUUAGCAGUUCACGGUUACGAGUAUAAGUAUCAAUUUUCAUUUGGAAACUUCUAUCGGAAAGGUGUCAACGCCUUUACGUAUGACCACCAGCAUAAUAUUUAUAUCGUCGCAGGCAACAAUAUCAUCCAAAGCAGCUUAUCUCCCGCAUCGAACGUCGGUUUGACUUCUUGGAGACCUAUAAACGACUAUCCAUUUUACAAAUUGUCUUUUACCUUCGAAGAAAAUUGCGGUUCACACACUUUGUCUCUCUGGAAUUUAAUACCAAAGUUCCGAUCACCUGAAGAGCCUGUAAUUUUUCGUAUAAGUGUGUCACCCAAUUGCAAUUACGUAGCAUGUUUGCACACAGACGGUGUGAUAUCUGUUUGGAAUUUACCGAGUUUUCAGUUGAAACACCAAUGGAAGCUUCACGAGCAGCCUAAUUAUAAUGCAAGGAAUCCAGUAACUGUUUCCAAGUACAGAAAAUUGCCGGCUGGGUACACGGAAUUUCAUCCAAUGGACAUCGGAUGGUGGUCAGACCACGCGAUUAUUAUCGCCCGCUACUCAGGCGCUAUUUCAGUUUGUUCAAUAACUGAUUUAAAAAAUCUUCUAGGUGCGUGUCCGGAAUUUUUGUUCGGCCAACCACAAAUAGCUGAAUUUUUACUGGGCAAAGGAUUUCUGUGUCUCGAUUGCGAGACGAUAAUAACCACUAAAAAGCGGAUGCAAGAGUCUAGUCUAGAUGGCCACAACUCAGAAGCUUCGGACAGCGAGAAAGAAGAAGACGAGCUGGAAUCUUUGACGCUUAUGAAUUAUUUAACAAAUUUACUACGCAGUGCUUUGUACUCGAUUACGGACAUCGAAAGCUUCCAGCCGAAAAGAAAGAAGGCAAAAAUUUUACAGAGAACUUACAGGAUUCUUGGGCUCAAAAGUACCACGCCAGAAGAACUUUACUCGAGAAAAAUAGAUCUGGAGGAAUACGAUGAAGCUUUGGCGUUAGCUAAGUCUUAUAACUUGGACACGGAUCUGGUGUAUCAGACUCAGUGGCGUAAAUCUCAGUUUUCUAUGAAAGCAAUUACAGAUCAUUUGAGCAAGGUGAGAAAAAGAUCAUGGGUUUUGAACGAGUGUAUUAUGCGAGUUCCUGAAACUUUGGAAGCAGCAAGGGAGCUAUUGAAUUUUGGGUUAAAGGGCACUAAUCUUGAUGCAUUUUUAGCUUUAGCAGAAGAUGAUGAUGGCAAGUUUUGUACUGUUGACAGUGAUGAAGAUCCGGCUCAACUCAACGAUGUGGCUGCUAAUCUAAAGUACAUGCAGACGGUGAAUAAAAAACUUAAAGAUGUUGACUUGUCGACUUGUACUCCGGCUCAAAAAGAGUUACUAAACCUCCGUAGAAGUCUUUUAAAUCACUUGGAUAAACUUAAGACUUAUGAAAUAAUUAUUUCAAGUCCCGAUAAGUAUAGAAAAGAUUCCUAUGAAAAAUUCAGGCAGUUAACUAUUCUAGAAAAUGCAGUGAGGUUCGCCAGAGACUGCGAUCACAAUACAGUUGGACUUUUGUUCACAUACCACGGACAGAAGCUUAUUGCUUACUGGCUACCAAUCAUUAGCUACUUUCCUGAGACGUUGAACCCAAAUGAAUACAAAAAAUUACUUCCUGAGUGCGAUGAUCAGGGCCAAUUGUUCCUGCUUUACCAGAAAGAAUUGCGCCCCAAGGAUUGGUCAGAAAAACACGAGUUUGAUUCACUUGUUGUGGAUGAUGAUGAUGACAAUGAAUGUGAAGUUAUUUAUGAAACAGAUCCUGGUUUGUCUGCUUACAAGACCACCGAAAUAACGAUGGAUUUGCUGCAAAAAUGGUACCGAGCUCGUGCUUAUGACAUCGAGCGCAACAGUUGCAUUGUAGAAAACGCUUUGGAACUUAUUAAAAUAGCACGGUCUCACAAUAUCACCGGCUUGGAAGAGUUUUUACUGCAGCUAGAAACUCUUGAUGAUUUAAUUUACAAGGUACAAUUAGAUGGUAUGCCUCUAGCACAAUUUGAAAAGUUGUCUAACUUGGAAAAAAUAAAACUACUCAUGAGCACAUCGACGGAUAAAAAUUUUAUAUCACAUUUAAAAAAUUACGUACUUCCUUUUAUUUAUCGCAAGCAAAAGUACCUUGGCGGUGAUCUUGAUAAAAAGUUACUCAAAAAUUAUUUAGUUGAUAUUAGUGAGGAUGAUUUGUCAAUGGUGUUGAUUUUGUUUAAUAAUCUGAAGAAUGAUGUUGAUAUUUUAAACAUGAUUGAAGAUAUUGUCGAGCUUGCUGUUGACUGUAUUUAUGCGUGUAACAAUUUUAAUAUGUAUCAACGCGCUAAGGAGAUAUUUAAUACGCUUCCCAAGCCACAGGCGAUGCAAGAUGCUGCAGGAGCUGCUGGUUUGAUGAAUGACUUAGAACGUGAGAUAGAGUGCCUGAAAAUUUUGAAUAAAUAUCAUGUUCAAUGCACUGUAUGUUUUAUUCACGAGAAUAAAGACUCGGUAAGUGAAGUUAAAAUGCUGCUCCAUCAAAUGAGUAGAAGUUUGAAUGAAUCUUCUACCCCGGCAAAUCAAGAAGCUUGGACAGAAGUUUUGAACGACAUGCUGGAGCUUCAAGAAUUUAUUUUUUCGUCUAUUGAUAUCGAAGACUGCUUUGAAAUUUGCGUUGACGCAAAACUCGCUUCUGGAAUGAAAACUAAUAUACAAAAUUGCAAGUCACUUAUUGAAACUAAAAAGAGUGAACGUUCGUUGCUUAAAGUUUCGUAUGACAAAACAGUUGAGUUAGUUUUGAAAGCUAGUAGAGAAUAUUUCAAUAGUUCCAAGAGUUUGCAGGAUUCAAAUAUGGAAUUAGCGCGAGCUUGUAUUCAUUUAAUUGAAGACGAAAACCCGUUGAUCCAAGAAGAAUAUGAUCUAAUAAAUUCUUUGCAAAUUCUCAAUGAAUUUAAUAUAAAUAUUUUACCGCUGCAAGUGAGACUUUGUCAAGAUAAAUUGAAAUUAAUUGAAAGCUGCUUGACUAACAAACGUAACGCCUACAAACGACAACAACGUCUGCUUACUUUGGCGACUUAUUUAAAUAUUGAAGGUAAAAAUACCAGAAGCCGUGAAGGUAAAGUAUUGGAACUAAUUGCAGAAAAAGCUUAUCAACAGCAGGAUUAUGAUAUUGCAACAUCUACGUGCCAAAAGUUAAUAGAUAGUAGUUAUUUUCCAGCUUGGAAAAUAAUUCAAACUCUUGGCUGCGCUGAUGAUUUCAAUGAUUUGAAUUUUAGACAAAAAUGCCUAGCUUUUACGCUUACUUACGGCCCCAGUGAGAUUCUAGAAGAUACUCUUCGGCAAAUGCAUCUGCUUGAAAUUCAAGUACUAAAUAAAAAUCUUGAAGACUGGAAGUCAAUAAAUGAAUUCAGUGACAAUUAUGAGGAUAAAAAUGAUCAAAGUAUCGAUGAAGACGAUGAAUUUAUCGACGCAAUGACAACUCCUCAGGUUGAAGUUAAAGAAUUUGUACCAAAAAUUUUUGAAACCUCAACUGGCUUGGUAAAGAGUUCUGCGCAACUAGUCAAAAAUUCUACACUGGGAAUUUUACAAAACGUCGGGGCACAAGGUUUUUGGAAGACUGCAUUGAGUUUUAGUAGAACCCAAGAUGAAGAUAGUUAUUUAGCUGAGUCAAAUUCUGACAAUAAUGAUAAGCGAGAUGAAAUUCAGAGUUUCCCGGCUUUCUACGCCUCGCUAUUCGAUCAAUGUACCUUAAGUCGUUGGGACUCGAGAUACGAACGUUACUCAAUGCCUGAUAUUGACAAUACUAAGUUAAAAAUGUGUCAAACGUUACUACGUAUUACUAAAUUGAGUGAGACUGCUAGUUAUGGAUUAGAAGUAAGUGACAUCAGUCACUUGUUUGUGCAAUUAGCGAGUCAUAUCAUGUCAGAUGAUUGGCAACUAGGUAUGGCGUAUUUGUUAAGCUUGAAUGAUUGUACAGAUGAUUUUAUUUCACACACUCAGGAAGUCUUUAGAAAUUUACCGCAAACUAAUUUAUACAUUCAUUCUGCUAUUUAUUUUUAUUCGAUAAAAUUGUACUGUAGAUUACGACCGGAUGCUGAUGAUUGUUUCACGUAUGACCCGAUGGAAUUAAUGAGAAUGAUGGCCAAUGAAGCAAGGGACGAAGCUGAUGACUUGAAAAUAGCUCUAGUUUAUUGGUGUCUGCAAUUGACUCGCGAAACUCAUGAUGAAGUACCUGAAGUAGAAAAAAUAGAGGUGCAGUCAGAUCCAGUUUCAAAUCCAGUGGAUGCUAAUUCCGUUGAAAAGCCUUCGGAUGGUGAGAAGGAGACAACAAAUUUAUAUGAAAAUGAAGCAUUUAAAAUGGCAAGUGCUGAUGGAGACGGAUGGGAUGACAACUGGAGUGAUUUUUCAGAUUCAGAAUUCAAAGAAAAAGGUGGAAGCAAAGAAGCUUCAGAUAAUUUAAUUGGCUCGGAUAAUUUAGAAUUCAAUUCAUCUGUCGAACAAGCUGCUGAUAGUGAGGUUUUGUCAUUGGACACUUUUGAUGAAACUCAGACUGACACUGCUGAUGAUACAACGGAAGAGCAACGUUACGCAGAAUUUGAACGUUUGUAUUCUCGGAUGGAAACUAAAGAAGACUAUCUCGAGUUGAAAGAAAUAAUUAAUUCGUGGCCUGUAUUUACGAAUCCAGACCUCACGAGUGUUGAUAAACAUCCCACACUAAGGAUGAUCGGUGUCAGCUUGUUUAUAGGCCAAAAAGAUAAUUUUAAAUUCAAAGCUCCUAGUCUGCAAGAGUACAAAGAACUGCUGAAAACUCGGCCAGUUGAUCCAGAAGUUUAUGUGGCAUUUAUUAAAAAAUUUGAGGGGAAAUUUAACGUUCAAGAUAAAAUUUAUUUAAGAUUGUGUGCCAAUGAUCCAUCUCUGCAUCGAGAAGCUAUUGAUAUAGUAAAAAAAGAGAGAGACGUAGAAUUGUCGGUGCCUAUAUUGGAAGAAAUAUUUUUUAAAAAUUUAACAGCAUUGUUGCCUCCUACUCAUCCAGCUUAUAAUAAAAUACUUGAGGAAAUGUUUGCAAAUCAUCCAAUUACAGAGAUAGAACCUCAUAUACGUAUUUUAAUUGAUAGACUUACCGAACAGAAGCAU